UGAAACUGUGUUUCCAUGGAGAUUUUAUCACCCUUUCAAACCCUCAGUUUACCUUCAUUUUUCUUGAUGUUUAUCUUCAUUUAUCUCUUCGCUUACUUCCGGGUUUUCCACCAUUGGGAUCCCAAGCACCGAGCCGAAGCUUCAAGCUGUUUCAUCUCAUUAACACAUGGAACCCCAGCAGUUUUCAUGGCGAUUCACGCAUUAACAAACACCCAAUACCCAACUUUAGCAGCUCCUAAUUCACUUUCCCACAACACUGUCCUCGAAUUCAGCAUCUCUUACUUCUUAGUCGACCUUCUCCAUUACUUAAUCCUUUUUCCGAACGACACUCUCUUCAUCCUCCACCAUUUAGCGACCCUUUACGUGUUUAUCACCUGCCGUUUCAUCGUCCACCGUGGGUCGUUCGCCCUUCUCGUGCUUCUGAUCCUCGCUGAAGUCACCAGCCUUUGUCAAAACGUAUGGACCAUCUGCGGGUUCCAGAGAGCUGAUGUUCCCGUUGCAGGUAAGGUGUUCGACGUUUUGUCUCUUCCGUUCUAUGCCUUUUACACCGUUGUUAGGGGAAUCAUUGGACCUUUCUUUGUGUAUAAAAUGGGGGUCUUUUAUAUUAAGGAUGAGAAUCCGAUCCCUGUAUGGGCUUGGAUUUCUUGGAUGAUUGUAAUUGUGACUGCAAUAUUGGUUAGCAUAGUUUGGGUCUUUGAUCAUUGGAUAGAUUGGUUUAGAAGAAGAAACUAUCAAGCUAUGAAGAAAGUAGCCUAAAUUAUGGGGUGCCUUCAGCUUUAGAAACAGUAGAUUAAUGUAUACGUGGAGUUGGUAUAUUCGAAUUCGCUUAAGUACAAUUAUCUAUUGAAUGGCCAUAAUAAUUAAACGAAAUGUUUUUUU